ACAUGCUUAUGCAUAUAUAAAAAUAUAAAGUUGGAGUCUUUAAGGAAUUUGUAUAUAUACAACCCCAUGAUUUAAGCAACCCUUGUCUGAUCACUAUUCACUACAAUCUCAGCUGACUACUCAUCUUUUCAAGCUUCAUCUACAACUUCUGUUCAAUUUUGAAGAUUGGGUGUUCCCUUUUCUUGGAAAGGUUACAUCUUUAUUCAAAUAUUGAAGAAGGGAGAUUUGAUUCUAUCUGCAAGCUCUGAGCUUUGGCUUGUGUUCUUCUUGCUGGGGGGAAUCAUGGGUUUGCUUUAGUUCUGUGCUCUUCUGAGUUGUCGGGAAAAAAAAGUUGGGUACUUUUUGUUUUGACAUAGUUGAUCUUAAUCUGCGAUGAAGGAUCAGCUAGGGAAUGGGAGGAAAUUUGGUAAUUACCACUAUGGAAGGAUAUUUAAUGAUAGAAGGUGGAUUAUUCCAUUUCUUGCAAGUUUACUUGUUUGGAUUACUCUGUUUAUGGCUGCUGUAUUCGGGAUGUAUUCGUCUUCCUUUGGUCGGGAUCCACUUCAAUUUGACAUAAUUUCAUUUGCAAGAUCGUCGGAUUCAAGUGGAUAUUUUGUAGAAUCUGAUUUGAAGAUAUCAGUUGAUGAUAAUAGGUCUUCAAAGAAAGAAGCACCUAGAUUUGCUUAUCUUAUUUCGGGCACAAAAGGGGAUAGUCAAAGAAUGAUGAGAACCCUGCAAGCUGUUUAUCAUCCUAGAAACCAGUAUAUUUUGCACAUGGAUCUCGAGGCCCCUCCACGCGAAAGGCUGGAUCUGACAAUGUCGAUAAAAAAUGAUUUGACAUUCCAAGAAGUGGGGAAUGUACGGGUGAUGGCACAGUCAAAUCUGGUAACAUAUAAAGGGCCUACAAUGAUUGCUACUACCCUUCAAGCAAUUGCAAUUUUGUUGAGGGAGAGUGCGAAUUGGGAUUGGUUUAUAAACCUCAGCCCUUCAGAUUAUCCUCUUGUGACUCAAGAUGAUAUGCUUCAUGUAUUCACUAAUAUAUCCAGAAAUCUCAAUUUCAUCGAGCAUACACAGAUUUCUGGGUGGAAACUAAACCAUAGGGCAAAGCCGAUCAUUGUUGAUCCUGGUCUUUAUAUGUCUAAGAAAUCUGACCUUACUUGGACUUCCCAGCGCAGAUCCCUCCCGACUACUUUUAAGUUAUUCACUGGUUCAGCAUGGGUGAUACUCAGUCGUUCUUUUGUUGAAUACUGUAUAUGGGGAUGGGAUAAUCUUCCACGGACAGUCCUAAUGUACUAUACGAACUUUGUGUCCUCUCCAGAAGGCUACUUUCACACUGUUAUCUGCAACAAUGAGGAAUUUCGUAACACUGCAAUAAGCCAUGAUCUUCACUAUAUUGCUUGGGACAGUCCUCCAAAACAGCAUCCCAAGUCCUUGACAAUAAAAGACUUCAGUGAUAUGGUAAAUAGUAGUGCUCCAUUUGCUAGGAAGUUUGCCAAGGAUGAUUCGGCAUUAGACAGGAUUGAUAAAGAGCUGCUACAGCGUGUGAAUCGGUUUGCACCAGGAGCAUGGUGCAUAGGGAAUACAACAGAUGGACAGGAUCCCUGCUCUUUGCGAGGUGAUGAUUCAGUGUUCAGGCCUGGCCCUGGAGCCAGGAGGUUGCAAGAAUUAACUGAAAAGUUGUUAUCUGAAGGAUACCGAAGCAAGACGUGUAAAACUUGACUGAAAUGAGUAGAUUUGUGAUUAGAAGGAUCUCAUAUGAUGCCUAUGAAAGGCUUUACGGCCCUGUUUGGGAUGCUGUUGAAUUUUCCUUGAAGCAACUGCUUCUAUAACUCAACAGCUAGAAAACAGGCAAUUGUACAUUGUUGUAUUCAUAGCGUAAUAUGUGCUAAUUUGUAAAUUGUAGAACGUUUGAGUUCAA